AUUGGGCGUUUUUCAGCUUCUACAAUAGACAAAAAUCUUAUACACAAAAAAAAUUCGUUUAAGUUGAAUUUGCGCGUAUUUUAAUUUUAUGAAGUAUUUUUAUUGUAUUUAGUUUUUAAAUACUUGCAUUGAUUUUUUAAAACCCAAAUCAAAAUGAAGUUGGUAGUUGCUAUAUUUUCUAUAUUUUGUAACUUUCUGAUUGUCAAAGAGCUUGUUGGUGAACCUGAAUCAUAUUGCCAGGAUGAUUACUUUAAAUGUUCUAAUUUAAAGUGCGUUCCUUUUCGUUUUAAAUGCGAUAACUCUAAUGACUGUGGGGAUAACAGCGAUGAGUCCGAUUGCAAAGAAAAAGAUGUUACUUGCUUACCAGAUAAGUUUAAGUGUUUGAAUGGUUUGGAAUGCAUUGAUCGUCAUUGGAUUUGUGAUAGUCAUAGUGAUUGUAGUGACAGUAGCGAUGAAAAGAAUUGUUCUUAUUCAAGAAUUAAUAUCACUUGUAUUAAUGAUGAAUAUACAUGCCAAAAUAAGCGUUGCAUCCCAAGUGGUUGGCUAUGUGAUAAAAAUAAUGACUGUGGUGAUAAUUCUGAUGAAUUGAAUUGUCACAAUAAAACGUUGCAUACUCCUGAAUGUAGUGAUGAUUUAUGGAAAUGCCAUUCUGGAGAAUGCAUUAAAUCAAAAUGGAAGUGUGAUUUUAAAGAUGAUUGUACUGAUAAGUCAGAUGAAAUUGGCUGUGAUUUAUUGUUGUGUGAUCAUAAUAAUUUUAAAUGUAAACAUGGAGAACAAUGCUUAUUGCCAAAAUAUAGAUGUGAUGGUUUAGUUGAUUGCACAGAUGGCUCAGAUGAAGAUGAUUGUGAUACUGUAAGUGAAAUUUGCACUACAAACCAUUUUAAAUGUUCUGAUAAUAAGACUUGUAUUGAUUGGAAAAAUGUAUGUGACAAAAAAAGUGACUGUCCUAAUGGUGAAGAUGAAUCAAAUUCUUGCUAUAUUAAUGAAUGUGAACAUUACAAUGGUGAUUGUAGUCAUAUUUGCACAAAUUUGAAAAUUGGUUAUGUUUGUUCAUGUAAGCCAGGUUAUACUUUAUCUAACGAUGGAAGAACGUGUGAAGAUAUUAAUGAAUGUGAAAUACAUGGUUCAUGUCAUCAAAUAUGUCAUAAUACAAAUGGAAGCUAUUAUUGUUCUUGUGCUGAAAAUUAUGUAAUGCAGCUAGACAAAGUUUCAUGCAAAACUAAUGUUGAAGGCUGGAUUUAUUUUGCAAAUAGAAGGGAUAUUCGUAAAUUUUCAUUAAGUGGACAUGAGUAUGAUAUUGCAGUUAAUGGUUUAGAGGGGGCUGUUAGCAUUGAUUUUGAUGUUCAUAAUAACUUUAUUUAUUGGACUGAUGUUGUUCAAGAAACAAUCAACAGAGCUAUCAUUGGUUCAAAUCAGAUGAGACCAGAGGUUUUGGUAAAGAAUACUCACACUUCAGAUGGUUUGGCUGUUGAUUGGCUAACAGGAAAGCUUUAUUGGACAGAUGCAGGAUACAAAACUAUUGAGGUUGCAGACCUAAGUGGGAAAAAUAAUGCUGAUUUGGUCACCAUUGAUUUGUUGGAACCAAGAGCGAUAUCAUUGGAUCCAUUUGAAGGGUUUAUUUAUUGGAGUGACUGGGGUGAUUCUGCAGUUAUUUCUAGAAUUUCUAUGGAUGGUAAUAAAGAAACACGUAAAAGCAUUGUUGAUAAAGAUAUUAUAUGGCCAAAUGGUCUAACUCUGGAUCUGAUUCAGCGUAAGUUAUACUGGAUUUGUGCAAAACUUAAGAGACUUGAAGUUAUUGAUUUUAAUGGAAAGAAUCGAAAACUUUUGAGAAUGUUAGGUGAAAUGCAUCCGUUUUCAUUGGAUGGUUUUCAAGAUCAAUUAUAUUUUUCAGACUGGAAAAUUAGUAGUAUAGACUCUUUAUCAAAGUAUAAUUUAUCUCAAAACUUUCUACCUUUGAAGUCUGGAUUAUUUGCUCCAAUGGAUGUAAAAGUUUUUCAUCCAGCUAGACAACCUUUAGGCGUGAAUCCAUGUGAUCUCAACAACACAUGCAGCCAUUUAUGUUUACUUGGAAAUGAUGGGAAAAAGCGUAUUAUUUCCUGCAAGUGUCCACGUGGCAUGUAUUUAAAUCAAACGAAUUGCGUGGGAACACCAAUUAUACGUACUUCUAUUAAUGUACUAGAAUUAACUACUCAAGCAACUACUCAAGCAACUACUCAAGCAACUACUCAAGCAACUACUCAAGCAACUACUCAAAAGAGUACUCAAAAGAGUACUCAAAAGAAUUCUCAAGUCACUACUCGAAAAGUUACCCAAACAACUACUCAGGCACCUACUCAAAAAAAAGAAAAACAAAGUAUGUCACCUGCAAUAAAGUUCGAAAAGUUAAAAGAUAAAAAUGUUUUGAUAACUUUUUCUUUGCCAGACGUAAGACCAACUUUAAAAACUCGAUUUUUAAAAUAUAAAGCUGCAAAAAUAAGCGAUGGAUCAUACUUGGCAAUUUUCUUAUCAAUUUUAGUUGUCAUAGUAAUAGUUCUUAUAUUUAUUCUGAUUCGGAGGCGUCGUGAACAAAAUAAAGGUCAAGUAAUGUAUUACAAAGACAUGUCAACAACGCCGCUAGAAGAGGAUUUUUAUAUAGAAAACGAGGAAAUAGACGAGAAAGCUAAUAUUAUCUAUCAAGAUGUUUAAUCUGAAAUUUUUCUAAUAGUUUUUUUAUAUGAUAUUAGGUCUAAAAAAGUUUUUGAAUUUCGCGUAAAUCUUUUAAACCAUUUUACAAUUCUAGGGAUUCUGCGUAGUGUUUCUGCCGUCAUUGUUUAAUAUUUGUUGUAAAUUUGUUAAAUUUAUUUAAAUUAUAUAUUCCUAAA